CGUACAACUCAGAAAUUUAACAACAUGGCUCCAGCACAAUUCGAGUUGUUGCAACCUCCUGCAGAUGCAGUCUCCUCCCUGAAAUUCGCCCCGAAUUCUCCUACAAGAUUACUGGUCUCUUCUUGGGAUAAGCAUAUCUACUUGUAUGAUACACAAGAUCAAGAAGCAGGCGGAAAGCUGAUCGAGAAGUACGAGCACCGAGCACCUGUACUCGAUGUAUGCUUUGGAGCCGACGACAACGAAGCUUUCAGCGCGGGCAUGGACUGGCAGGUGAAGAAGAUAAAUCUGGAGACAGGAGAGCAGACAGUCAUGAGCGCGCAUGGUGCACCAGUUAAGUCUGUUGUGUACAGCAAAGAGCAUUCCCUCCUAAUAUCCUCCUCCUGGGACUCAACCCUCCACUUCCACGAUCUCAGCAAUCCCAACGCAACCCACAGCACCAUCACCCUCCCCGCAAAACCCCAUUCCCUCUCCCUCACCUCCUCAAAACUGGUUGUAGCCAUGUCCUCCCGCCUAGUCUACAUCUACCAACUCUCCGUUACCUCUCUCCUCACCUCGCAAGCCAACGGCUCCACCCUCGAGCUCAAGCCCUGGCAACAACGCGAAUCAUCCCUCAAAUUCAUGACUCGAGCCGUAUCCUGCAUGCCCAACGACGACGGCUACGCUACCUCCAGCAUCGAAGGCCGCGUUGCCGUCGAGUGGUUUGAUCCCAGCACCGAGUCCCAGGCGCGGAAAUAUGCAUUUAAAUGUCAUCGUCAGCCAGAUCCAGAGGGUGAUGGAACUGAUAUCGUGUACCCUGUCAACGCUUUGGCGUUCCACCCCAAUUUCAACUCCUUUGCUUCAGGAGGCGGAGAUGGGAUCGUAGCUCUAUGGGAUGCCGUUGCGAAGAGACGGAUUCGCCAAUAUCAGAAAUACUCUAGUAGUAUCGCAGCGUUGUGUUUCAACUCUGAUGGAAAGUAUCUCGCCGUUGGCAUUUGUCCUGGGUUUGAGAAUGGGCAGGAGGACUAUAGUGGGGAGGGGGAAACACACGUUUAUAUCAGAGAGUUGAGUGAUACAGAAGCAAAAGGCAAGGGUCCUAAGUAAAGUCGAGGCUUGAUGUGUACGAAUGACUUAGCAUGGCGUUCUUGGUGGAUUGAAAUAUUCGGAAUUUUUGACGACAAAAGCUCUUCCUUCCUUCGAAAUGUCAAAUUCUCUUCAUAUUUAAUUCCUAUACUUUGCCAUAUUCUGUUCGUGUUAAUUAUCGGGAAUUUGGUCAGACAAAUUUUUUUUCUUAUAAUGACGGAACAAGUGUUUCUUUGUGUUGUUCGUUUCACACAAAAGACAAAUAUAUGAAUUCCGCAACUGGGUUGACAAUCGAAUAACC